CGUGUUUCACAAGAUGACCACUUGUCGCUAUCCUCCGAGGUUUCGAAAUUUAACUAUGUGUUACCGAUAGGCUACGAGCUCCCGUCUCGUCAUGCUAUCUCUCGAUAUCUACAUGGUUUUAUUAACGGCUUUCAUCCCCACUUUCCCAUCAUUCACCCACAGACUUUGUCGUUAAGAGAAAUGGCUCCGGAAUUUACCCUCGCACUCGCGGCUGUGGGGAGCCAAUACUGUUUGGAAUCGCAUCAGGGAUUGAAACUAUUUUCCAUCGCGCGGACGAUCGCAAUCGAGAAAGUUCGCCUGCGUGACCUUGAAAAAGAUCAAUCUUUGGUUGUUCAUCCGCCAGCAUCAUACCCACAGACGCCCAUUUCGCCAGGCGUUCGCUCCGUUGAAGGGUUGAACCAAGAAAUGGCACAACAGAUACCUGGUCCAGAUAAUGACCACGCUCUGGUUGAAACUAUGCAGGCCUUGUUUUUUCUCAUGGCCAUGAGUACAUGGGGCGGUGAAAACAGGUCAUUAGUGCGACAGGCAAUUUCCACGCAGAGCAUCCUAGCAAUGCUGGUUCGGCAACACGGUCUAACCGAAACAUAUGCGACCCCAAAAGAUCAAGCAUGGAAGCAAUGGGCGAGGGCCGAAAGUGCCCGGCGCCUCAAGCUUAUUGUUUUCUCUUUCUUCAACCUUCACACGUUGGUCUUCAAUCUUCCGUCGCCGUUGAUGAUAGCAGAUAUCCAACUCCGGCUCCCGUGCUCGGAGUCUGAAUGGAAGGCUCCGGAUUCGGAUUCUUGGUUUUCUGUACAUCAGAAGUCUCAGCCGUCGCCGCAAUCUCAGGAGUCUAUUUCCGAGCUACUGCAGAAUGGAAGUGGAAGUCCGCUAUGCUCUUCUCUUGGAAGUCAUGUGCUCAUUCACGCGCUCUUGCAACAUGUUUUUUCUACGAGACACUCGACUCAACUGGAAAACAAGGAAGAGGUCACUGGGCCAGGCCACUCGAAUACACUACGACAGGCAUUAAAGAAAUGGCAAAAGGGAUGUGAACUGAAUCCCGAAUCGUCGCCUAGCCCGUUGGAUAAACACGGCCCCAUCGCCUUUAAUUCCACUGCUCUCUUCCAUCUCGCAUACAUUCGCCUGGUCAUCGAUAUCGGACCAGCUCGCUCCCUUCUCGAACAGAAUCAUGUGCAGAUUGCGACCAGACUGAAAGACCAGCCGAAACUGCAACGAGGGCCCAUGCUAGUUCUAGCUGCUAGACACGCGACCGCCGCCCUAUCCUCUCCUGUCCAGAUGGGCGUAUACUUCGUCAGCCGAGUCCCAAACUGGUCGGUCAUGCAUGCCGUGUGUGCACUCGAAUACGCAUAUAUUCUAAACCAAUUCCUGCAAGCCACGACGGCUCCUGAUCUAGACUACCCGUUAGAGUCAGAUGAGCGUGCGCUGUUGAACGCGAUCAAGGAGACGUUGCGGGAAGUUGAAUCCUCCACACCAAAUGGAAGCCCGCGGGCCAUAGAUACUAUGCCCCAGCUGCUUGGGUCGAAGGCUGUUCGUGCGUGGGCAUUGAUAUUGCAGGGGAUGAAAACUUGGAGCACGGUGGAUUUGAUUACAAGGACGUUGUUUAUGUAUGCUAAGUUGUUGGAGGGAGGAGAUGGCCCCUAG